GCGGGAGAUCGAGAUUACUCCGUGGCUUGAAGCUUACAGUUGGCCAACACACAUGUGUACGGCUUCCUUACCAGUUUAAACAGCGUUUGUUUUUCUUUAAUAGAAAUUUGAUGACAGAGAGUCUUUCUCCUCCCUCUAUUUUUUUAUUUUUCCCUCUUGUUGCAACUGUGUUCUGUCGGGAAAACGUCAAUUCCGCAAAAAUUCAAUAUUCGACUAAGAAGAAUUUAUGUACGUGUCACAAAGAGAUUCAGAGAACGCAACUUUGUUCAUUGUACCUGAUGUUUAUAGUUGACACGAUUAUCCGUGAAUUUGUUGAAUAAACAUAAUGGAACGCUCAAAAAGGCUGAUGAUCGAUGAGGGAGAGCCGAACGUUCUCGAGCCACUUCUGACAAGAGUCGAUCAGCAAGAGCUUAUACGCAUUGACAAAAACGAGUUUAAAAUUGGUCGCGCGAGGGACAAUGAUGAAAUCAUAUUGGACAUCACAGUAUCCAGGAGACAUUGUAUAUUCAGAUGUGAAGGUCAAAGCGAAUGGACUGUGAAGAACUUAGGUUCCUCAUCAACAAUUGUUAAUGGCAUCAUCAUCCAGUCAAGAGUGGCACAAGAAGUCCAUUCUGGUGAUAUAAUACAAUUUGGUUCUAAUGCAACAUAUAAGUAUGUGUUCAGUCUUGCUGAAAGAGGACACUGUGUUAAGAGACAACGUUUGGACGAGAAAGUCCUUGACACUAUGCUUAUCAAACAAAGGACCUUUGCUGAAAACCAAGAGUGUCAGAAAAAGGAACUCAAAGACAAGCUUGAGAUAAAACAUAAAGAGCAAAUAGAAUUGAGACAACAGCUUGAAGAGCUAUUGUCACAACAAGCAGCUGCCAAAGAUGACAAAGAAAAUCUAAUCAAACAGAUCACAACAUUGGAAAGCAAAAUAGAGGCUGGUAAUGCACAAGAGCAACACUUACAUAGCAUAUAUUCUCAAUUAUUGGAGAAACUGGAAAAUGAAAGGAAGCAGUUUGAGACAAGGAUAAAUGAAGAAAAACAAAAAUGGCAAGAGGCAUUGGAGAUGAGUAAGCAAGAGAAAGAAAUGGUGGAGAUAAAGAUGAAGGAGCAAAUGGAAAGUUGGAGAGAGCAACAACAAACAGAAUGGAAAAAGAUGAUGGAGAGCAAGGUAAAUGAAGAGAAAACAAUUCAGGCUCAAUUGUUGAACGAGAAGAAUAUACUAGAAGAAAAACUAAAAGAGACAGAAAAAGCGUUAAAGGAACAAGAGGCAAAAGCUGAAACCUCACAAGCAAUGUUGAAUGCAAGCAUGAUAUCUGAAUCCACUGCCAGUUCGUCAGACUGUAUAUUCGUGGAACUCGUAGAUGUGAAUCAAUCUACAGGAUUUCAUGUAUUAGACACAAUUGAUUUAACCGGAUUCAAUCAGAACAUAGAGACAAAUACCAAAGAUGAUGUUCUCGAGAAAGUGAGUGAUAUUAUGGACGAACAAUUGACAUGCAGCAUAUGCUCAGAAUUGUUCGUGAAAGCAACGACCUUGAAUUGCACACACACGUUCUGUCAUCAUUGCAUAAACAUGUGGUGCAGGAAGCGGAAGGAAUGUCCAGUCUGCAGAAAAUCGGUGAUAUCGAUGAAUCGAUCGUUGGUGUUAGAUAAUUUUAUUGAGAGUAUGAUUGAAAACCUGCCAACUGAACUGCAGAAUAAGAGAAAGGAGAUUUUACAAGAAAGAAAAAUUAUUGAGAGGAAGAAACGUCUUUGAAGCAUGAAUCGCUUGACGAGACAGAGAUAAAGAAGAGAGAAAAUAACAAUAUUAAGGGUUAGUUGUAAGAAUAUAUAUAAGUUAUUACUGUCUGAUUCACCUGCAAACUGUACAUUUAGUAUUUAUACGUUUAAAUACGAUACAUUUCAUGUAUUUAUACGUUUUAGAAUUUCAUUUUAUUUUUGUAAGGAACCUCCGAAAUGUUUUUUUUUUGUCGUUUUAUUGUUUGUAUUUGUUAUUGCGUAACAUUGGAACAUUGUGCACAAAGUUGUAUAUUUCUUUUUUUUUUUAUAAAGCCUAUUGAUUUCUAUGACUGUACAUUUUUUCAUUCAAUGUGUACAAAAUCAAUAUCGCUGAGUAAAAUAAAAUUGCAAGUAUUCAUAUAUGCACAUAAUAUGCAACAUUAUCUAUCAAUUCCAUUUGUCUGUAAAUGCGAUAUCGCUCUCGCGAUUAAAAGCAAUGAAGGAUUUUAUUCCUCGAAUGAAAUCUAUCAACGACUCAGCUGGGUAUUAUUCGAGUAAUUUUUCACGCAAGAAUAUUUCAAAUAAAGCUUCAUUCGUUUAUUCACGUCAAUUAUUAAUCAAUGUUUGUAUUGUUCAUUGUUCGUUAUUUGUAUUAGUCAUUCAGAUAACAUAACAUGAUUUAUAUCGUUAUUUCAGUUGACGAUAAAGCAAAAUAGUUAUUGACAAAAUUCUCGAGAAAAGUAUUGCGCUAAAGAAGUUCCGAAUGUUCGCGAAACGUCAGAAAUAAAUUCAAAAUGGGUGCUGCACACACGCAUUUUGAUGUAAAAAUAUCGUUAUAUAUUAUAGAUUCUCUUCCAAUAUUAUUAAUGAGCUUUGAUUUUAAAUAUGUAAUAACAAAUAUUUUAUUAUUUCUCACACAGAAUACAUCGUCAAGAAUA